AUGAAUAAUACUAGCUGUCAAUUCGAAACUCGGGAAGCUGAAUUUAAUCAAGCGGCACUUUAUCGUUACGACUAUCACUAUGACCAUCAUUACGACCAUCGUUACGACAAUCGUUAUGACAAUCAUUACGAAAAUCGUUUCAACCAUCGUUAUGGCCGUUACGAUCGUUCAGGAUUCAUUUCUUCAAACAAUCCUUGCUCAAGUCCUAGUGUUUCCGAAACAGAUAAUGUGAAGCUUUCACUCAAUAACUCUGCUGUAAAACAACCUGAUCCAAAUAUUAUCAAGCAGGUCAUCGACGAACUUGAUCCUAUUACUCUCUUAAGAAUUCAACAACAAAUCUCUCUUCAAAUUGAAGAUCUUAUACGUCCUGCCCGUAAAGUACGUAAAUCUGGUGUUCCUCGUCCACAAAAUUUAUUCGUCAUUUUUCGUAAAGACUAUCAAGCAAGAUUAAUUAAGAAAGGUCAUGAUGUUGGUGCUCUUUUAUCUCUCGUUUCAAAAGAAGCUUCUGAACAAUGGAAGCUUGUCGAUCAAUCCAUCAAAGACAUAUAUGAUAUAAUUGCUAACAUGGCAAGAAAAGUACAUGAAAGAACCUAUCCCGAUUACGUCUAUAAACCAAAAAAACGUCCUCAAAAAUCGGCUUUUAAUCGUGCUUUCGGUCCUAAUUUUUUCAAUCAACAUAAUUCUUAUUCGUUGUAUAAUCAUUCCAACUGUUACGCUAACAGUUGUUACGUUAAUAGCUGUGCUAACAGCUGCACUAACAGUUGCGCAAACAGUUGCGCAAGCAGUUAUGUUAGCAAUUUUGCUACACCGACGAUCAAUUUUACCAGCUUUAAAAAUAUAGCACCUCCAUCUCCUUCAACAACUUCUCAAUCUUCAACAAGUCCAACAUUAGACCAUUUGCCUUGGAAUUAUGGUAUAAAUUCAUUAAAGAAAAAUCACGCUGAUGAUGUAGCUUUAUCUCCUCUUCAUGUUCUGUCCGUUCCUUCUGCAGAAAAUUACGAUAAGAAAAUGUGUAGAUCUUUCGGAGGUCCACUUUAA